AUGGACGAGCCGCCGAAAAACGACGACCCCCCGAGUCCCGGUCCCUGGGCUGGCAACCAGUCGCCGCAUGGCGAUGAAUCUCCACACUCGAGCUCCUCCGGGAGCUCCGACACCUUCGCGCUGGGCGUGGCCAAUGAAGAGGUCGUUGGCCCGAAGGCUACCACGUUGAAAAGCAGAUAUCCCCUGAGACGCCGUCGAUCGAUCCAGCAGAAAGAUGAGGAGGGAUCGUGUGCCAGCACACUCGCUGCAACCGCUGACGAGCAGCCCUCCUCGCACCAAUGCAAACGCUUCAAGGCCGAGUCACCGGGCGAGGCGAGGAAAAACUCAAACUACGAUGGCUACGUGGGCCCCUCCGAUGACGGGCACUGCUAUAUCGAGCUGCUACCCGAGGAAUUGCUGUCAAAGGUGUGCUCCUACCUGUACGAAUUCGACCUGGCCAACCUGGGCCUCGUCUCCCGGCGACUGUACCGAGCGGCUAACGACCAGAAUACAUGGAAAGCCCUCUACCAAGAAGCAUUCGAGUACGCGACACCCCUCUACCAUCCGGCCUACGGGAAAUUCGAGUUUCGCGAGCCGGGCCGCUGGAAGGAGAUGAAUCCGUGGAAGGAGAGCUUCAAACAACUGCGUCACGGCAUCCACGUUCGACCAAAUGAGGCGAGGACGUACACCGGGAAUCCCGGCAGGAGAAUGUUGCAUUUUGAUACUGUGGAAGGAGCAUUGCAACACGUCCGCGCAGCCCCUGCUCAAAAUCAGCUAAUUUUCGUCCACCAGGGCACCUAUCAGCCCCCCUCAAUCACCAUCGACCUGCCGGUGCAGAUCAUCGGUGCCGCCCCAACACACCCGGUGCAACGGAGAGUUAUCAUCGAAAAUCAAACGGAGACGACGUUGGCGCUUGUUGAAGGGUCUACAGGGGCCUAUGUCGGCUAUAUGACGAUCAGAUUCGUGCCCGACCCGCCAGCCCAGAUGAUGGCACAGGCGCAGGCGAAUAAUGCCAACGUUGCACUACCCAACGCCCCGCAUCCACAGUACUAUGCCGUACAGGUUAUGGACGAGACGGCGCCCACCAUCGACCGCUGCAUCAUCAACUCGAAAUCGCCGAUGGGAGCCGCGUUGUGCGUGAAGCGGGCCGGCGCGAACCCGAGGGUACGCCACUGUACGAUCUGCGACUGCGACAACGUCGGCAUUUAUAUAACCGAAAGUGCGCAGGGCACCUUUGAGGAAUGCGAGAUUGCAAGAAAUUGCCUGGCCGGUGUCUGGGUGAAAAACCAGGCGAAUCCCUUCUUCCGAAAAUGCAAUAUCCACAGCGGGAUGGACGUCGGCAUUUUUGUUUUCGAAUACGGCCAGGGCUUCUUCGAGAAAUGCAACAUUCAUGCGAAUCGCAUCUCGGGAAUUGAGGUGAAAAAUCACGCGAAUCCGACGGUUGUCCGUUGCGAGGUGCACCACGGAAAAACCGGAGGCAUCUACGUGCAUGAGAAGGGCCGUGGCCAAUUCAUGGAGAACAAAAUCUACCAAAAUGCGUUUGCGGGCAUUUGGAUUACAUCGCACUCCGAUCCGACGAUUCGCAAGAACGAGAUCUACAGCGGCCACCAGGGUGGCGUGUACAUCUUCUCGGAAGGGCGCGGCCUCAUCGAGCACAACAACAUCUACGGGAAUGCGCUCGCCGGUAUUCAAAUCCGAACCGGCUCCGACCCGAUCGUCCGCCUCAACAAGAUCCACGACGGACUGCACGGCGGCAUCUAUGUGCACGAAAAAGGCAAGGGACUGAUCGAGGACAACGAGGUGUACGGCAAUACGCUGGCCGGAAUCUGGGUCACCACCGGAAGCAGCCCGAUUCUCAGGAAAAAUCGGAUACAUUCCGGGAAACAGGUCGGCGUCUACUUCUACGAUAAUGGCCACGGACUGCUCGAGGAGAACGACAUCUUCAACCAUCUUUAUUCUGGUGUCCAGAUUAGAACGGGCUCAAAUCCCAAGAUCACGCGGAACAAGAUCUGGGGAGGUCAAAACGGCGGUGUACUCGUCUAUAAUGGUGGACUCGGAGUGUUGGAGGAUAAUGAGAUCUUUGACAACGCGAUGGCUGGCGUAUGGAUAAAAACCGACUCCCACCCGAUUCUGCGACGCAACAAAAUAUACGAUGGUCGUGAUGGUGGCGUCUGUAUCUUUAAUAAGGGUCGUGGCCUGCUCGAAGACAACGACAUCUACCGUAAUGCCCAGGCCGGCGUUUUGAUCUCCACCGAGAGCAACCCGACCCUAAAGCGGAAUCGCGUCUUUGAGGGCCGCGCCGCCGGGGUGGAAAUCACGAACGGAGCAACUGCCACCCUCGAAGCCAAUCAGCUCUUCCAUAAUAAGUUUGGUGGGCUGUGCCUGGCGACCGAUGUUCGACCCGUGCUGCGCGACAACAAAAUCUACGACAAUCAGAACGCGGUGGAAAAGGCGGUGAACCGUGGGCAGUGCCUGUUCAAAAUCUCCAGCUGCACCUCGUUCCCCAUGCACGACUUUUAUCGGUGCAUCUCGUGCAACACCACCGAGCGAAACGCAAUUUGCAUCAAUUGCAUCAAGAGCUGCCACAAGGGCCAUCAGGUCGAAUUCGUGCGCCAUGACCGCUUCUUCUGCGAUUGCGGUGCCGGGACGCUGGAUCGGCCAUGUCGGCUUCAGACCGAGGUGCGCGACAACGACACGGUCUACGACUCGGCCACGCCCACCGAGACGGACACGCAG